AUGCAGCUGAUGGGGCUCGUGAUGGCCGGCGUGGCAUCUGCCACGGACUACCCUGCCACCUGGGAUAUUGCAAAUCACGGUUCGGUUCCGGCCGCCACUGUCUACGAGAUAACCACCCACAAUAAUGCCGACGCGGUGUUUCCGGGUAGCAUGAGUUCCGGCGAUGUAAACGGCGAUGGCGUCAAUGACUUCGCCUACGAGUACCCUGUCGGACAUCUCAAUGUGCACUUCGGAGGCAUCUCUGCAGACUUCGAUAUCGACAGCUUCGCUCACAGCGGCUCCAAUGGCUUCCUCGUUGCCAGCCUUGCCAGCGGCUCAAAUGGGCGCAUGUGGGGCACCAUCGCCGGCGACGUCAACAACGACGGCUUCCACGACGUGUUAUUUUUUGACAAGGCCUCCAGCUCCGUCAAGAUCAUUUUCGGUAAGGCCAGUGGCUGGAGCAGUACCUACACCAUUGAAAGCAUGACAUGGGACGGCACCGACGGCAUCGAAUUGACUUUCACUGGCGAGCCCAACUUUGCAGAGAGCUCCUACGGUGGCAACACGCCGCAGAUCCUUAGUGGAUUCGACAUCAACAAUGACGGCGUUGACGACAUUGCCGUCAUCUCAGCGGGCAGCAACAGUGGUGGCCGAGUAAGCAUCUUCUUUGGCCAAAGCACAUGGUCCGGAUCGGUGGAUGGUUCCACUGACUUUGAUGGCACGACCACGGGCUUUUCAUUCCUGGAUGCUGACAACACUCGGUUGGGACGUGGCCUCGCUGCGGGAGACAUUAACGGAGAUGGCAUCGACGACGUCGUGGCCUCGAGCAGAAGUGAUCAGCCGUUCAGCGAGGCUGGUUGUAUCUAUGUACUGUAUGGGGGCGGCACAUACUCGGCCACCAUUCCCGACAUCUACGCGCAUGUCGAUGGCACCACUGGCUUCCGGGUGUGUGGCCCAGAGUCAAACACCCAGCUCGCGGACUACGGCGUUUCCGCGAUGGACUUCAACGGCGACGGCUUCUCCGACUUGGUGGUGUCAGGGCGGGGCAACCAUGUAGGCCUUUGGGUUCUCUUCGGCAAGGCAUCCUUCGCUGCGAGUGUGACACUGCCCUUCGCAAGCGGCGAGGCAGUUUCCUUCAGCAACAUCCCAGGGGUGUUCGGAUUUUUGGUUUAUGCCGUCCUGGGAAAGUUCAACGGCGACCAGUACGACGACAUCGCAAUUGGGAAAGACAGCAACAUGUAUGUUGUGUUCGGGAGGGCAAGCCCGGGAAACGCCAUUGAUGUCUUGACGCUGAGCGGCACCGACGGCUUCAAGGUGACAGAGAGCGGCGGAGGCAGCUUUACUUUACCGUUCUACAACCCCAUCGACAUGACCGGGGAUGGGUCGACGGAUCUCGUGCCGGUCGUGUCAACAUUGGAGUUUCCCAGCUUCAACACCGUAAAAUCUCCGUAUGUCAUUGUGGGCAACGGACCGGCAGCGGGCAACAAUGCCGCCCAGACCUCUUCCACGUCAACAACCACAGAAAGUGUUUCCACUUCAGCAACCACAAGCAGGUCCACGCAGACAUUUUCUUCCACCGUUACACGGACAUCAACCAUCACCUCAAGCAUCUCCUCCACCUCCAGCGGCACGACCUCAUCUUUCACUUCUUCCAUGACGUUAAGCAGCUCCUCUACCUCAUCUUUCACUUCUUCCAUGACGUUAAGCAGCUCUUCUACCUCAUCUUUCACUUCUUCCAUGACGUUAAGCAGCUCCUCUACCUCAUCUUUCACUUCUUCCAUGACGUUAAGCAGCUCCUCUACCUCAUCUUUCACUUCUUCCAUGACGUUAAGCAGCUCCUCUACCUCAUCUUUCACUUCUUCCAUGACGUUAAGCAGCUCCUCUACCUCAAGCAGCCCUAUGCCUUCUUCUUCCUCCACCGCUACGCAGUCGUCAAGCAGCUCCUCCACCUCUUCUGCCACUGCUUUGGGGCCUUCAGGGAGUACCACCUCACAAACCUCGACAUCCCACUCCGGCCCGGCAGCCAACGGCGAUGAUACAACCGCCGCAGAAGUCGCUCCAAGUGAGCUACAGACGAGCCGUUGGGACGAAGAGGACGAUGGAGUGAAUGGAAUGGUGAUCGUCUUGAUCGUGGUGGGCGGACUGAUAAUGACUGGUUGCGUUGUGGUGGGUGCAUCCCGCUGGAUAGUCCGGCCUCGCGACAACGGCGACAACGACACAUUUUCUGUGUAG